AUGAUGGCACAGAUACCCCCAACUCAACUCUUUCCCUCGAGAGCGACACCUAUUUCCAAGUUAUCCGAGGAUGUCUUCCACGAAAUCUUUUCCUUCAUCGCCGCUCCUCUGCUUCAGCCAAAGCCUGGAUGGGAAUCUAGACCUGCCAGGCCCAGCAAUUUGUCCUCAACGUCUGACCUUCGGUCCCUGAACGUUCUUAGAUGGACAUCCCAAGUCUGCGCGGUCUGGCGCAGGAUAAUCCUGAGUUCUACCGUCCUGUGGGGUCGAGUGAUCGAUCAAGAUGUUCUGAAGUGCUCCAGGAAAGAGCGGGUUGAAGAAAUCACCAAGAGAGCUGGAUCAUCCUCUUUAUGGGUUACUGUUGCAUUAACACGUGGGAUCGAGAGGCUUUUAGGACCCUUCCUAAUGGAUAAUUGGGGCAGGAUUGAGCUUUUGGAGAUGAGCUCACAAGUAGAUAUCUCCAGUGAUCGAGCAUACGCUCUUGACUCCAAGAUGAGGUCCAUUUUGACCAAACCAACGAAGCGCCUUCGACAUUUCCUUCUCGAGCUCCCUUUUCCGCAUGCCACGGAGUACCGUUUAUUUUCUGGCGACGCGCCUUCGCUGCAGCGUCUCGUGGUCUUGAAGUUCUCAUUCUCAUGGGGGCUAUGGAAGACAGACCUUCCGACGAACUUCAGAACCUCGAAUGCCGGACAGAAAACAGAUACGGAACUGUGGGGGCACGAGCUCUAUCAGGGGUACGUCUACUUUCCUCGCGAUGCGAUCACCAUGUUACGCACGAACGAACCGCAAGACCCAGAGGAGACCCAACCUUACGGCAAUGCAAGACAGCCAACUCUGGAAAUAAUAAGGCCACUCGAGAUGGAGCUUGCAGUUGUCGAAGAGCAAAUGGAAGAGCUGAAGAAACAGCACACCCAACUGACGCGGAAACUCGCGCCAUACCGAACAGCAAUGCGUGCAUUCGAUGCUAUAUCGUCACCCUUCCGACGGCUACCCUUCGAUAUCAUCUACGAAAUCAGUCAAUGGUGUCUGCCGGACCAGCCUUCAGCAGUCAGGAGGCAAGCACCGCUGUCAUUGUGCCAGGUGUCGACUGGUUGGAGGAAGGCGGUGCUGGCGUCCCCUCGGAUGUGGUCGACGUUGCAUGUAUCGCGAAGCGACAUCGAUUCCUUUCGACGUGUUCGUGACAUGUCGAAGGAGUGGUUGCGACGCGCGAAGGGAUCUCUAUCUCUUUUCCUUACUUUCGACAUUCCACUCGACUUCGACACCCGAACGGUCCGAGCAGAGCAACUCUAUUCUUUCCUUCAGGUUUUUGCAGACUUAGCCCCUCAAGUUCGACAUCUCUCGCUGUCCGCCGAUUGGAUACCUGAUCUACUGGACCACCUUGGCGAAAUGGAGUGGAGUUUCACGAUGCUGCAUCACCUCUCGCUAAGAAGCACGCAGGCUGACUUCUACAACCCGCGUCUCGACCACGGUUCAGCCGAAGGUGAAUUUGUGGCGCCUAUGUCGGUAUUCAUGGAUGCGCCGAGCCUCUGUUCCCUCGAAAUUUCUAAAGAAUUUAUCACAACACCCGGCGCACUCGCCAUAUUUCCUUGGUCGACACUGACGAGCCUCAAGCUCUCUGAAGCUAUUCCAGUGCGCUUCUGGGUCGAAAUCAUGCAGUCGUGUAGCCAGCUAGUGUCCGGUGAUUUUCAUAUUCACGACAACGCCCCACAGGACCUACCUUCUGCACUAGCCCACCCUCCACGACUGCAACCUACAUUGGCUGAACUCAGAAUGGAGAUCCAUCGAUCUUUCCCUACCCCAUGCGUAUUUACAUUGCUCAGCCCCUUUCUCUUCCCCGGGUUGCGGACUCUGCACAUCCGGUAUAGCGAACUGUGGCCACCCCUCGAUGAGACCCUACCGACCGCCGUCGCAUACGUCUCCUCCCUCCGUACCCUUACCCUCGAUGGGCUCUAUAAUUCAGCAGACAUACCCACCUUCCUCGAUAUCCUGCAUGACACUUUUUUUGGACUAUCCUUCACGUCGGGGUCGCCCAAGAUUCUCCCAAAAUUAGAGGAUUUGGAGCUGAAGUUAGACUGGUCCUACCAAUACUCUGUGGAUGUCAAUCUGAAGCCGUCGACAAGGAUGCUUCAUUCGCGCAGCGCUGACAUCCAAGAGGGAUGCACCUUGCUGCGACGGGUGACCUUCUCGAAUAUCCUUACUGACCGGAUGAUCGACAAGAUUGGGCAGGCUCUGCCAGACGUGUCGCUCAAUAGCCCUUUAACUAUCAUGAAAUCGGAACUCCACAACCCUUUAAAGCCGCCUCCGGCUGCACCAGGGUUUGGAUCAGGAAAGGAAAUACCAGAGGAGACUGCUCCGUUAUGGUCGAAGAUAAUAUUCCAAUGGCUGGCGCCGUUCCUCGAGGUUGGUUUCUCGAGGCCAUUAGAGGAGGAGGAUUUUUGGAACCUACCGCAUUCACGAUUAACAGCGUCCGUAACGGACGACGUAGAGCACAAUUUCUACAAGCGAUGUGCACCGGAGAAAAGGCCACGAUAUAUGCAGGACGAUCAGUCCACCCUCUCGACCGUCAAAAAACCGGAAUGUUCUCUCGCGGCAGAGAAGGAGGGCGUCUACGACGACGAGAAGGGAGGCGAAGGUGGAGGCGAAAUGGCGCCGCCCGCUGAUACACACACGGGCGUCUCCACUCCGACCGUCGUUCCCGCAGAAGGGGACCUGAGGCCGUUGAAUGUCCCAUCGGACGCGCAAGCGAGAUCCACGAGAAUGUGGCCGUUUGCUCGAUUCUUUACGAGAAGGCGGGACAGGGAGCAGAAGUACGACGAGUCCCUAUUCAAGGCUAUCCAUCGGACGUUCAUCGUACCUAUAUGGGUCGCUGGUACUCUAAAGCUAUUCGGAGAUACCCUCAGGACGACGACCCCGCUUCUGAACAGGGUCCUUCUGACUUGGCUUACAGAGUCAUACACAUAUGCCCGCUUAACGGAUACCCAGCGAGCACAAGCCACCACAGCCGGCUUAACUGCUCCCCGCGGUAUUGGAUACGGCAUUGGAUUGGCAGUAACCCUUUUCAUUAUGCAAGAGGCUGCAAGUUUGAUGACGAACCACUUCCAACAAACAUCGAUGACGAUUGGUCUUUCAAUCCGUACCGGCGUCAUCGGCAGCGUCUUUCGAAAGUCUCUCCGACUGUCAGGUCGUGCUCGCGCAGCUCAUAGCGUCGGCCAAAUUACAACCAUGAUCUCGACGGAUGCGACUAGACUAGAUCGCUUUUCAGCGUUUGGCCACAAUCUCUGGGUAGCUCCAAUCCAGCUCGCGAUCGGUAUUGGUUUGCUUCUUGGAAACCUUGGACAUUCGGCGCUUGUCGGUCUUGGCGUCCUACUUCUCGGCUUUCCCCUCCAGUUUAUUCUAGUCAAGAUCAUGUUCCAACAACGAAGAAAGGGAGUCCAAAUCACCGACAAACGGGUCCGUUUGACCACAGAGGUGCUACAAGGCGUUCGGCUCAUAAAAUUCUACGCCUGGGAAGCGUUCUAUGCGCAACAUAUUGGAGAAUUGAGAACGAGAGAGAUCAGGACGAUCCGGAAGGUCGCUGUUGCGAGGUCGACAUUGAUCUCGAUGGUCACUUUCAUCCCGAUCCUCGCGUCUAUCUUGUCGUUUAUCACGUACGCGCUUAGUGGGCAUGAACUGAACAUCGCCAUCAUCUUCAGUUCACUCCAGCUCUUCAACGUAAUCCGUGCCCCACUGGUCUUCUUCCCGUUUGUCCUCUCGAGCUUGUCCGAUGCUCUAGUAGCACUCGGUCGGAUAUCCAAAUUCCUUACUUCUGAAGACCUACCCGAACCAUAUCCAGUGAAGCCUGGGUUGCCAAUCGCGGUUCAAGUGGAUGGCGAUUUCGUUUGGGAGACAGUUAUCAACUCACUCGACGAGAAGGACGGAAAGUUUGAUAAAGGCAAAGGGGAUGCUUUGACUUCAUCAGGUCGGGCACCCCAGAAGGAGGAUGCCAAGAGAUGGUGGAAGCGUUCGUCGAAGAAAGAGCAGAGUGGAAUUUUGCCAUCGUCGAACGCUGAAGUGGAAAAGGACGGCGAGAAGGACAAGGAGAAGGAAGCGCCGUUCGAGUUGAAUAAUCUCAAUUUUAUCGUCCCAAAAGGCGCUUUCAUUGCAAUUGUAGGGCGCGUUGGAUCUGGUAAGAGCUCUUUGUUGCAAGCUCUCAUUGGUGAAAUGCGUCGGACGAGAGGCGAGGUGGUUUUUGGAGGCACGGUGGCUUAUGCGCCUCAAACACCCUGGAUUCGGAAUGCUACGCUUCGGGAGAACGUGCUCUUUGGACAGCCUGAUGACGAAGAGAAAUUCCGAGAAGUCAUUCGCGCAUGCAGCCUCGUGCACGACCUCGAAGUUCUUCCCCAGGGAGAAGAUACUGAAAUCGGCGAGAAAGGAAUAAAUCUGAGCGGCGGCCAGAAGGCGAGAGUUUCGCUGGCCCGAGCGGCCUAUUCGGGUUCAGAUAUCGUUUUACUGGAUGAUCCACUCUCGGCCGUUGAUGCAUACGUUGGCAAGUCGAUUUUGGAGAAUUGCCUCCUCUCAGGCCCGCUGGCAGACCGUACGCGUAUUUUGGUGACCCAUGCCCUUCACGUCCUUGAUAAGACGGACUACAUCUACGUCAUGGAGAAUGGUCGUAUUAUCGAGCAAGGCACUUAUAAUGAUCUCGUCAACGACAGUGUCGUCUUCUCUCGACUCAUGGAGGAGUAUGGUAGCGCAGAAUCUGAAGUCGAUCCAGAAGGCCCAGACCAACCAGAUAUAGGUUCUAAGAGUGAGAGAGGAGGAAAAGCGAAAGGUGCCGCCUUCGACGAUGUCACAGAGGAAGGCACAACCAAGAAACCCGGCGCUGGGCUGAUGCAGAUCGAAGAACGGAAUACUGGUGCCGUCUCAUGGACGACGUACGCCAAAUACUUGCGGUAUGCCGGUGGCGUCAUUUGGGCGCCGUUCAUCUUGACUUUACUGGUAUUGACGCAAAUCGCCCAAGUUGGAAACAAUCUCUUCCUCGGGUUCUGGACCUCGGAGAGCUUACAUGGAUUUCGACAAGGAGACUAUAUGGCCCUUUACGCAGCACUGGGCGUUGCCCAAGCUAUACUUACCUUCAUUCUCACAUUCUCAUUUGCCCUUGCGAGUUUGAAAGGAGGCUUGAACCUUUUCAAAGCUGCACUUGCCAGUGUUCUGCGGUCGCCGACCGCGUUCUUCGACACGACGCCCCUUGGUCGAAUACUGUCGCGGUUCUCGAAGGACCAAGACACAUUAGACAAUGAGUUGUCUAUGACGAUGACCCAGGCUCUGUCGACCUUCAGCUCGGUCCUUGGGACUGUCGCAUUGGUCUUCUAUACCUUCCCGUACUUGGGUAUCAUCUUCGCCCCAAUGUCUGUCUUGUAUUACCUGGUGGCGACGUACUACCGUCGCUCGUCGGUCGAAACAAAACGAUUGGAUUCACUGAUGAGAUCGAUUCUUUACGGGUCGCUUUCCGAAACGUUGAGUGGCCUUGCUACCAUCAGAGCCUAUCGUGAACAGAAUCGCUCUAUACGAGCCGCAGAGCAUGGGCUUGACCUCGAAAAUCGGGCGUACUACAUGACCAUCUCGAUUCAACGAUGGCUGGGUGUUCGUCUGGACCUCUUUGGGAAUAUCCUCAUCCUCGGGAUUGGUCUGUUCGCUGCUGGCUUCCGUCACUCGGUGAACCCCGCGAAGAUUGGCGUUGUUUUGUCGUAUACUUUAGGCAUCACUCAGAUGUUCUCCGAUAUGGUCUCUCAGUUCGCGCAAAACGAGCAGAACAUGAAUGCCGUUGAACGGAUCCUGCACUACUCGGAACUUCCUCAAGAGGGCGACGUUUCCAGUCCAACCGACCCCCCUCCAACUUGGCCUACUGAAGGGAGGAUUGAAUUCACUGACGUCGAGUUGGCCUAUCGUGAAGGUUUGCCUCUUGUUCUGAAAGGUGUCAGCUUUGAGAUCAAGUCCAGAGAAAAAAUCGGUAUCGUUGGACGUACUGGAGCAGGGAAGAGCUCAUUGCUGCAGGCCCUCUUCCGGAUGGUCGAACUACACAGUGGGAAGAUCGAGAUCGACGGCCUGAAUAUUCGGGGUAUAGGUCUUGACACGUUGCGCGGCAGGCUUGCUCUUGUCCCACAGGACAGCACCCUCUUCCUCGGAACAUUGAGGGAGAACCUUGACCCGCAAGGCCUACGUACGGAUGUCGAGCUGAUUUCCGUACUCCAACGAGCGUGGCUGCUCCCAAGGGACGGUCCUCCUGACCCUGUUGCUGAGGCGAAGUUCAGUCUCGAUUGCACCGUUGGGGAUGAAGGCGCAAAUUUCAGUGCUGGAGAGAAGCAACUAUUAGCCUUGUGCCGUGCUCUCGUCAAGAACAGCAAGAUCAUUGUUCUCGACGAAGCCACUAGCAGUGUCGAUGUUGAGACAGACGCCAAGCUUCAACGCACGAUUCAAACCGAGUUUGCAUCUUCGACGCUAUUGUGCAUUGCUCAUCGUCUCAACACUAUAGCCUACUACGACCGGGUCCUUGUCAUGGACGAUGGCAAGGUCGUGGAAUACGACACCGUUCUCAACCUCUUCGACAAGGAAGACUCAAUAUUUCGUUCUCUUUGCGACGAAGCGAACCUUCAGAGGUUGGAUAUUGUCCGUAUACGAGCAGAACACGUCGAAAACAGACCAUCCGACUGUCAUUUGUGA